AUGAAACCUCAAUCGUUUACCAAAAUCGCAGGUCCAAAUAAAUUUUCAGUACACGACUACUCGCGCACAUUAUCCAAAAUAAAGCCAAAAAUACGCAUAAUUCACGUCAUUGCACCAGAAAUCAUAAAGACGGAUGUGGAGAAUUUCAGAGAGCUCGUCCAGAGACUUACUGGUAAGCCAGAAGAACUCAAAAAGGCGGACAAGCUGUUAUCCCGAGUUUUGACUUGUAGAGAUCCAGAAAGCACAGGAGGAUCAGAUGUUGUACCUGUCUUGCAAGAAACACAAAUGAAGAAGGAGGUUGAGGAAAUACACGAGGCGGAUAAUUCGAAUUCGUAUCUGAGUUUCUGGAGGGAAGUGGACGGAUUUCUUCAGGAACCAAAUGAAACUCCUCUGCUCUCACUCGGGUAA